AUGCCUAAGCUAAAUUAAGUUAAGGAAAGAUAUAUUUACCUCUCACCAACAGUUUAAGCUGGUUGGGAAGAUGAGUCAAACAUUAAUGACUUUGAUGGAUAAAAGGUUUUAGGAAAAGGUGCUUUUGGUAAGGUCAUUAGAGUAUUACACAGGAAAAGCUAAUUAAUUUAUGCUAUUAAGGAAAUCAAUAAGAAAAAUCUUAAAUUAAACAAUAUGGUUGAAUAAGUCACAAAUGAAGUUAAAAUUAUGUACUCUUUAAAUCAUCCUUACAUUUUAAAGCUAUACAACCACUUUGAAGAUGAUACAAAUAUAUAUUUAGUAUUAGAAUAUGCUUAAGGGGGUUAACUCUAUGUUCAACUAUGGAAAUAGCCAAAUCAUCAAUUUGAAGAAAAGAAAGUAGCAAAAUACAUAUUUUAGCUUUGCAAGGCACUAGAGCUAUGUCAUUCUAAAGGAAUUAUUCAUAGAGAUAUAAAGCCUGAAAAUAUAUUAUUGGAUAAAGAUGGAAACGUAAAGUUGGCUGAUUUUGGAUGGUCAAAUUUUAAAUAAAGAGAAUCUGAUAUUAGAACAACAUUCUGUGGUACAUUAGAUUACUUAGCUCCUGAAAUGUUAUAGAGCAAUCAUUAACAUGAUUUUGGUGUAGAUAUCUGGUCUGUUGGUGUCUUAGCAUAUGAACUUCUAUCAGGUGCUAGUCCUUUUGCUCCUAAAAACAAUCAAAACAAUGCUGAUUAUGUCGAAAAUACUACUAAAUAAAAUAUUAAAAAUCUAAGAUAUGAAUAUCCUAAAAAUUUCCCUAUAAUGGCUAAAGAUCUUAUAACUAAGAUUUUAGUUGUAGAUCCAAAAUCAAGACUUUCUUUGAAGGAGAUACUAGCACAUCCAUGGAUUUAAACCAACUGCCAAAAUGAGAAUAUCUAACUUUUUGAAACAAUUGAUAGUGGAAAAGAAGUCAAAAAAGGUAAACUAACUGAUGAGACUGGAUAGGAAGUGAAAACUGUUUUCACUAAUGAGGAAAUAUAUAAAUAUUCAAGACCUGAUAGCAUUAUAAACAAAGACUAUGAUGAAUCGUUUACUAAAAAGGAAAAUUUUUAAGGCAGUUCAAAAAAUAUUUCGAAUGCAAGCUUUAUUUAAAAUGCAAAUUCUGGUGAUUUAAAUAAAAAAAUUAUUGACCAACUGCAGACUCAAAUUAAGAAACUUCAAUCUGAUUACUAAGCAGCAGAAUUAGAAAAGUAGAAGAAGAAUAAAGAAGUUGAAUCACUGAAGUAGCAGUUAAACUAUAUGAGUAAUAGCAGCUAAUCAGGAAUGGAUUCAAAAAUGCUUGAAAAGCUUAAAGAAAAAGAUGAAAAGUAUAAUUUACUCAAAAAAGAGUAUGAUUACAUUAAAGAAAAAUUUACAGAGUAAGAAAAAAUCAUCGAAAAAAUGCAAAAAUCUUCCUAGUAAUCUACUUAAUACCAAGGAAAUUCAGAUGAAAUUGAUAGAUUAAAAGAUGAGAAUUUGUUUUUGAGAGCACAAAAUGACUAGUAUAAAACAUAACUGAAUCAGUAAAAGAGCGUCUCAGAUAGAAAAAGCCCUAUAGAAGAUAUGAUGUAGAGAAUAAACGAGUACAGAGAAAAAUACGAAAAGAUGAAAGAUGAGUUAUUAAAAUGUCAGUAAGAAUUAAUAAAACUGUAAAGUUAAAAAUCUGGAAACUUAUAAAGUAGUGUUACUUCCAACUCCUCAAGCCAACAAUUAGGAGAUUUAGAUGUUUAUCUUGAAGAAUUAAAGUAAAAGUAGCUCAAAUAAUUAAAUGAAGUAACUAAAAAAAAGUGA